AUGCCAUCGCAACACUCUUCGCAUCGCAUGAAACUCCUUGGGGGCCUCAUAGCGACCCUGUAUGUGUCCAGCGUCAUUGCUGUGAAGGAUUCUUCGGCAGAUGACUUUGACGUCUUGAGUUAUGUCGAUCCUUUGAUUGGCACCGCAAAUGGAGGCCAUGUAUUUGCAGGUGCAACUUUGCCAUUUGGUAUGGCCAAAGCCGUCGCGGACACAACAGGCGAAAAUCAAGCUGGCUUCGCUUAUGAUACAAAGGUUGUGACUGGGUUUUCACACAUGCAUGAUUCUGGAACUGGCGGCUCUCCGUCAAUGGGCAACUUCCCCAUUUUUGCGCAAGGGAAUUGCCCGCACGAUGAUAUCAAUCAAUGUAAAUGGCAACAGCCCGACAGGGCGAUUGCUUGGGACAGGGGCUCUCCUAAAGCUCACCCUGGGUAUUUUGGUAUCUCAUUGGCUAAUGGCGUUCAUGCGGAAAUGACAACUACUAAUCGGUCUACUCUAUAUCGAUUCACGUUCAAUGAGUCCUCCGGCGUCUCGCUCAGUCCAAUGGUUCUUCUAGAUUUGACCGAUUUGCCUCAAUCACGGACAAAUGGAAGUGCAGAUGUUGACAGGGCUACUGGGCGUCUCACGGGAAGUGGUACUUUCGGUCCCAGCUUUGGCAUUGGCAGUUACAAUUCCUAUGCCUGCGUUGACUUCAAAGGAGCAGAGCUUCGCGAUACAGGGGUUUGGGCAGAAAGCCAAGCGAACAUCAGUAGGAGGACGCUGACGCUCGGCGCUAAUGCGGCAGCCUCUCUCUCAGCCGGUACAUUUGCCAGAUUCCAUGCCCCGAGAGACAACACUCUUCUUGCUCGCGUUGGUGUCAGUUUUAUCAGUGUCGAUCAAGCUUGCUCCAAUGCAGAACGUGAACAACCCGAUUUUGACUUUGAUGGGACUGUUUCCGCAGCCGAGUCCGCUUGGAGGAGGAAGUUGGAUGUCAUCUCCGUGAACGCGGAUGGUGUUUCAUCAGAUCUGCAGAAAGUCUUUUGGAGUGGGGCAUACCGAACAAUGAUCAGCCCCCAAGACUAUACUGGGGAAAACCCUCUCUGGAAAAGCAACGAACCGUAUUAUGACAGCUAUUAUUGUAUAUGGGACUCUUUCCGCAGCACUCAUCCACUGUUGACCUUGGUUGAUCCUCUAUCGCAAUCGCUCAUGAUGCGCAGUUUGAUCGACACUUAUAGACACGAGGGAUACUUGCCCGACUGUCGUAUGUCGCUUUGCAAGGGCUUCACGCAAGGCGGUUCUAACGCAGAUGUGGUUAUGGCAGAUGCAUAUCUCAAAAAGGUCCCUGAUGUGGACUGGGACACUGCAUAUGAGGCUGUCGUCAAAGAUGCAGAGGUAGAGCCCAAGAACUGGGAUGUGGAAGGCCGGGGCAGUUUGAUGAGUUGGAAAAGUCUCGGCUAUAUUCCUCUAGAUGACUAUGAUUCUGAUGGGAAAGGAACACACACGCGGAGUAUAUCGCGGACGGUGGAAUAUGCCUAUAACGACUUUUGCAUUGCCGAAAUGGCGCAGGGCAUGGGCUAUCAGGCUGACUAUGAGAAAUACACAAAGCGAUCUGGAAAUUGGGUCCAAAUGUUCAAGCAUGAUCAGAAGUCAAGCAUCAAGGGGGUCGACACCAACUUCACAGGAUUUCUGCAACCGCGCUACCGGAAUGGGACAUGGGCCUACCAGGAUCCGAUCCUUUGCAGUCCGCUUCUAAAUUUCACUGCGUGUUAUCUCAACCCUCAAGGACAUGAGACCUAUGAAGGCAGUGCGUGGAUGUAUACCUUUUAUGCACCACACGAUAUGGGCUCUCUCAUCAAGGCGCUUGGAGGUGCCGAAUCUUUCACCUCUCGGCUGAGUUACCUCCAUGACUCUGGGUUGCUCUACGUGGGAGAUGAGCAGGCCUUCCUGCCUGUUUAUCAAUUCCACUAUUCGGGGCGGCCUGCUCUCUCAGCGAAGCAAAGUCACUUCUACAUCCCGUCCCAAUUCAACACCACAUUUAAUGGCAUCGCUGGCAAUGAUGAUAGCGGAGCCAUGGGCUCAUUUGUUGUGCUGAGCAUGAUGGGCCUCUGGCCAGUCCCCGGUCAGGAUAUCUAUCUCAUCACUCCACCCUAUUUCAAAGAAGUUAGCAUCCGAAACGCCAUCACCGGAAAGAUCGCGACUAUCCGGAACAUCAAUUUUGAUCCUAGCUACAAGUCUAUCUACAUCCAGAGCGCGAAAUGGAACGACAAGCCAUGGACAAAGAAUUGGAUCACUCAUGACCUUUUCGCUGACGGUGGUGUACUUGAACUUGAGUUGGGUUCUCAGGAGAGUGAAUGGGGAACUCGUGUUCAGGACCUUCCUCCGAGUCUGAGCGAUUAUCAAUAG